AUGAGCUCUUUAGACGUCUUGCUGGUCAUAUUUUUAUCAAUAUUGACGACAGUGCAGUCCGCGCUAUAUCGGUUCAUACCCGAAGAUUCUGAUGUAUUUGUGGAUUGUGCGGAUCGACCAGAAAUGAAUGGAAUUAACGAUUGGGCAAAUAUCUUAGAUUAUUCCUUUGACGAUGAGGGAAUAAUACAUGCAAGGGGAACUGUAACAAUCCUUUGGGAUAUUGAGCAAACUGAUCGCGUAACGAUGGAUAUCGAAUUAAAAAAGUAUGCACGCGGCACCUGGGACCAAACUUUCUUAUCCGUAAAAAUAAGCGAUUUUUGCAAAGAUAUGAGAGAUACCAACUCUAUGGUCUAUGAUUCAUGGUCGAAACACAUUACUCUGGAGGAGGGGGAGGAGAUUCCAUGUUUGGGGAAAGGUGUACGUAUUGUAGACG